UAAAUUUUGACUUACCUGCAAACACAUGACUCACAAAAUAUCAUCUGUUUUUUAUUUGAAAGUCUGGAAGAAAUCUUGUGAAAGACAGGCAACAGUCGAUGUGGGGUACGAGUCGUCCCUAUAUAGACCCCGAUACGAGCCUGAGUCGAGUCUGUCGAGUCUCUUCCAUUAACACUCACUCACUUUGCAACACCAAAAACCAAAAAUUUCAAAUAUAGCCUGUUUUUUCCAGAUAUCCUAUCUUAGGGGAAUAAGUUCAGCUAUGAUGCAAGGCAAGGUCCUCGAAAUCGAAGGUGAUCUCUUUGAUGCACCUGACGGGACUGCGUUAAUUCAUGCAUGCAACUGCCAGGGCUCUUGGGGAGGUGGAAUAGCAAAGGCUUUCAAGGAUCAGUAUCCCGCGGCCUUUGAAAAAUAUCGGGCUCAUUGCCGGUCAUUCCCGUCAAAGCCGAAUCAGAAAACAAUCAGGUCUUAUAUUGGAAAGACUGGGGAAUCGGAAAGUUCAAGCAAAACGGUUCGAUUGCCAGAGGGCACUGCGCUCAUCAUCCCGCCCCAGGAAAGCGACUACGAAGGGGGGAGCAAAAAACACUGGGUCGUCUGCCUUUUUACAUCAAGAGGAUAUGGCAGGAGAGUCAGUCCUCCGGAGACGAUUUUGGAGAAUACCAAACUUGCUGUUGCGGAUAUGAAGAAGCAGCUUGCCCAGCUUGAAGCUGAGGAGGGAGGAUCGUCGCCCAGUGCGCUUUGGUCGUGCCGUUUCAAUUCUGGGCUUUUUGCUGUGGAUUGGGAACUCUCGAGGGAGGUUUUGGAGAACGCAGAGUUGGAAGUUACUGUUGUUCGUCCUUCUGAAUAAGUUGUGUGUUUAUUUUAGCGUUGAUGUUCCCAUGUACGACUACAUAUAUAGUUGCAGUUGAAUCACGA